CUACCACUGGCAACGAACGGAGGCGGCCCAGCGGCCGGGGGGCGCGGGGGGCGAGGCCAGGAGGCCUGGGGCAAGGCCCAGCUCUGGGCACUGGAAGUCAGACCUUCGGGUCGGAGCAAGAAUUCUGUGACUGGCAGGACUGGGCACAGUAAAGACGGAGACCAAACUGGCAGGUGGACCCGCACCGCGGCCUGACUGGGGGGCUCGGGGGGCGAGGCCAGGAGGCCCAGUCUGGGGUGAAGCGGGCAGAGCCCGGGCGACAAGAGUCAGGACUGACUAGCCGGGCCUUGGUCACCGAAGUGACACUCGGACUGGGUCGGGCUGCAGAACCUCGGAUGUCGAACGGACGGGCAGGGAUGGCACUGCUACUUGGGGGCGGGGGCCGAGGCCUGGAGGCCCGGCCUAAGGCCAGGAGGCCAGGCCCAGGGCAACGUAACCAGACUGACGGCGCGCGGCCUCCGCUGUCUGCCUGACAGACCGUGGGGGCCGGGACUGUGGAGGCCAAGCCGCUGGGCCAGGGCAGCCAGCGGACUGGAGAGUGAAGGGAUGGGGCUGCGGGAGAGGCCGAAAGGCUCGGGGCGCCGAGGCCUUUCUGACGGCCCGGGGCUGGAGGGAGCUGACUGACGGCCAGGGCCUCGGGUACCAAACUGAGUGAGCGACUGACUGACGGGCAGGACUCGGAGCGCCGGAGGCCGCUCGGAUUGGCCGGAGCGGCGAGGAAGGGCCAGAGAGCGGGUGAAGGGAGGCCCGGAGCGGGUCAAUCGACUGAGGCGCGAAUGACGGACAGGCGGGAAGGGCCACGGAGGCCACAGGCGCGGCGAGGGCCUGGGGAACCCGAACUGGGAGGGGGCGCGGCGCCGCUUGGAGGCCUGGGUCCGGGUGGAGUGAAAGAAGGCCCGGGGCCUGAAAACGGCCGGGACCGCCAGGCCCGGCCUGGGUUGAGGGCGCCCAGGCUGAGUAGCAAAGGCGGGUGGCCGGGGGCACUGGGAUGAGGGCCUGGGACGGUCAGCCGACUAGCCUGUCGGGGGGCCUGGCAGUACAGCGGCGGCGGGGCAAGCGGAGUAACGGAGGGAGGCCUGCAGGCGGAUGGGCGCGAGGAGGCCCGGCCAUGGGGUGGGUACUGCUGGUGGCAGCCAGGGGGCUGAGGAGGAAAACGCGAGUGGACGACCUCGGCACCGAUAGUGAGUGUGAAAGAGAGGAAAGGGAGAGCUCUGGGGGCAGGCCUGCCUGCUUGGGCCUAGGAGGCCUUGGGCCUGACAGACUGCUGGAGCGAGGGGGUGGGGCCGGAGGCCUGGGCUGAAGUUGGGUGAGGAGAUCUCAGGCCAGGCCGGAGGCCCCGGGACGGGGGAGCGGGUGGCAGGAGAGGAGGCCCUAGGCCCUGGCGGUGAAAGGGUCUAGUGUAGGCCUCAGGGAGUGUGGUGGUGUCUUUGCCUGGAGGACGGCCUGAGGAAGGCCUCCCGUAAGGUCAGGAGUCGGGGCUUAAGGUCCUGGGAUGGGGGGUUUGGAUUACACCCUGAGGAGGCCGAUGUGGAGAAAAGACCCUGAAAUGUGGGGAGCUGGACCUUCAGGAAUAAGCCCCAAAGCUGUGGAGUGGUUAAGGAGGUCCAAGGAUGUAGGAAGGCCCUUGGUGAAGUGGGGGUGGGGCACCCUUCCUGAAGAGGCCCAAGUGUCUUGUCUGGUGAGGGAAGGCUGUUAGCCGUCCUCAGGCCUGGUGAGGGGGAGGGGAUUGUGGAGGCCCUGGACCAACAACUAAAAAGGAUAGGGUCAAGCUGACCCAGGGGGAAUGGGAGAAAAGUCUCAGUGGAUCUGGACAGGAGACUCAGAAAAGUCCUGGGGAAUUUGGAAGAAGAUACAGUGGAUCUGGCUGUGUCAGCCCGGAGCGUCUAGAAUGCUAAACCUAACUAAGAGGGACUAGGACUGAGGGUGAAGUUCCCAAGUUGGGAAAGCAAAGCAUUAAAGAUAUGAGCUAAAAAGAAGAGACUCCGGUUCGAUCUCUGGGUCGGGAAGAUCCCCUGGAGGAGGAAAUGGCAACUGACUCCAGUAUUCUUGUCUGGAAAAUUCCGUGGACAGAGGACCCUGGUGGGCUACAGUCCAUGGGGUUGCAGGGUUGGACACAACUGACACACACACACGAAAAGAAGCGAGGAAGAGCCUGGCUUAAGAAGAUUGAGGAAAGCCCUCCCAGGCCCAAUACUUCAAAGCAUCUUACCUCUGCUCAAUAUAUAUUACUUGGAGAGGAUUGAGGAAACUGCCCUCAAGAAAGGCCUGUCCACUCAGGCCAUUUGGCGCCGACUAUGGGAUGAGCUGAUGAAGACAAGGCCUUCCAGUUUGGAAAGCGUGACCUGUUGGCGAGCCAAGUUUAUGGAGGCCUUUUUUUCCCAUGUUCUACGUGGGACCAUUGAUGUGUCUUCUGACAGGCGUCUUUGUGACCAGCGCUUCUCACCUCUCCUGCAUAGCUCCCGCCACGUCCGGCAACUCACCAUCUGCAACAUGCUGCAGGGUGCAACUGAGCUGGUGGCCGAGCCCAACCGCAGGGUUCUGGAGACCCUGGCCAGUUCCCUGCACACUCUUAAGUUCCGCCACUUGCUGUUCUCCGAUGUGGCUGCUCAGCAGUCACUUCGGCAGCUGUUACAUCAGCUUAUUCACCAUGGGGCUGUCAGCCAGGUGUCGCUGUACUCCUGGCCUGUGCCAGAGUCAGCCCUUUUCAUUCUUAUCCUCACCAUGAGUGCUGGCUUCUGGCAGCCAGGCCCUGGUGGUCCGCCCUGCCGCCUCUGUGGAGAGGCCUCCCGAGGCCGGGCCCCAUCCCGAGAUGAAGGGUCCCUUUUGCUGGGCUCACGCCGGCCUCGCCGAGAUGCUGCUGAGCGAUGUGCUGCAGCUCUGAUGGCCUCCCGGCGUAAGAGUGAAGCCAAGCAGACGGCCAGAGCUGCACCUGCCACUCGGGUAACACGCCGGAGCACACAGGAGAGCCUGACAGCAGGCGGCACAGACUCUAAGAGGGAGCCCCUCCCUCCAGCCACCUCCCAUGAGGCUCCUGGCACCAAACGCCCACCUUCUGCUCCAGCCACCACCUCCUCUGCCUCUGCUUCCUCUUCCACAUCCUCAUCUAAACGGGCUCCAGCCAGCUCAGCCCCACAGCCUAAGCCCCUAAAGCGUUUUAAGCGAGCUGCAGGGAAGAAGGGUGCUCGCACCCGUCAGGGGUGUGGCGCAGAAUCUGAAGACCUGUAUGACUUUGUUUUCAUUGUGGCGGGUGAGAAAGAGGAUGGGGAAGAGAUGGAGAUUGGAGAAGUGGCUUGUGGAGCUUUGGAUGGAUCAGAUCCCAGCUGCCUGGGGCUUCCAGCACUGGAAGCCUCCCAACGAUUCCGCAGCAUUUCCACCUUGGAGCUUUUCACAGUUCCACUCUCCACAGAGGCGGCUCUGACACUGUGCCACCUGCUGAGCUCCUGGGUGUCUCUGGAGAGCCUCACACUCUCCUAUAAUGGCCUGGGUUCUAAUAUCUUCCGUCUACUGGACAGCCUGCGGGCCCUGUCAGUCCAGGCUGGAUGCCGCCUCCGUGCCCUGCAUCUCAGUGACCUGUUCUCACCACUGCCCAUCCUGGAGCUGACACGUGCCAUUGUGCGAGCCCUGCCCCUGCUGCGGGUCCUCUCUAUCCGUGUGGACCACCCCAGCCAGAGGGACAACCCAGCUGUGCCUGGGAAUGCAGGGCCCCCUAGCAACAUAAUUGGGGAUGAGGAGAUACCAGAAAACUGCCUGGAACAGCUGGAGAUGGGAUUUCCACGGGGAGCCCAGCCAGCCCCACUGCUCUGCUCUGUACUGAAGGCCUCAGGUUCUCUGCAGCAAUUGUCCCUGGAUAGUGCCACCUUUGCAUCUCCCCAAGAUUUUGGGCUUGUGUUGCAGACACUCAAAGAGUAUAACCUAACCCUAAAGAGGCUGAGCUUCCACGACAUGAAUCUGGCUGACUGUCAGAGUGAGGUGCUCUUUUUGCUACAGAAUCUGACUCUUCAAGAGAUUACCUUCUCCUUCUGCCGUCUGUUUGAGAAGCGCCCAGCCCAAUUUCUGCCCGAGAUGGUUGCUGCUAUGAAGGGCAACUCCACACUGAAGGGCCUCCGACUGCCAGGGAACCGCCUGGGGAAUGCUGGCCUACUGGCCCUGGCAGAUGUUUUCUCGGAAGAUUCAUCCUCCUCUCUCUGUCAGCUGGAUAUCAGUUCCAACUGCAUCAAGCCAGAUGGGCUUCUGGAGUUCGCCAAGCGGCUGGAGCGCUGGGGCCGUGGGGCCUUUGGUCACCUGCGCCUCUUCCAGAACUGGCUGGACCAGGAUGCAGUCACAGCCAGGGAAGCCAUCCGGCGGCUCCGGGCCACCUGCCAUGUGGUUAGCGACUCGUGGGACUCAUCGCAAGCCUUCGCAGAUUAUGUCAGCACCAUGUGAUGGGCCCAUGCCUCACAGGCCCAUGCUCAGUACCAUCAGCUUGCAGGGGCUGAGGCAUGGGCUGCCCAGAACUCCCAGCACCAAUUCUGUCUUUCUCUUUCUGCUACCUUUUUUCUCUUUUUUCCUUUUUCCCUUGCACUGAGGUCCUGGAGGCCUUGAUGGGGCCCAGCAAAGGCAUUCCCACACCUGGGUUUGGAGCCUUUGGGUUCCUUACCCAGUACCCUGGGCCGGGAGGUUUCAGUGGUCAUCAAUCACUGAGGACAGCCCCCGUCCCCUUCCCUGCCCCAGGGUUCCUGCUUUCCUUUCUCAAGCAGGUACCCAGGCUUUAGUGAAGGAUAGGAGUGCCCAUUACCAGGCCUCUCCUCUCUGCUGGGCUUACCAUGCUGCUUCCAGGCCUCAGUCCCUUUCAUACCUUUAUUCCUUUCUUUUUUUUAACCAAAAUUUUUCUUAUAAAAUAAAUUUUGGGCAAACAUCA